AUGAGUUUAUCGAAAAAUUUAGAGAAGAAAAUAAGCAAAAAAAUUAAACGUUGUCAGCUGUUAAUCGAAAAGGAUGCUGGAACGCAAUUUUGUGAUGAAACAACGGAGUUUAUCGUAAUCUGCAAUGCAGGCCUUUCGACGGGUUUGCAGCAAGAGGCUCUUCUAACAGAAGCUCUACAGCAUGGCUCGAUUAGACAGGUGCGAUUUCCCCCAGGCAAAUCGUAUUCGUUUCUACAAUGCACAUCCAAACCUAGUGCACAAUCGGUGUAUACAGCACUCAACGGUAUCUGUACAUUGGGACAGGACGGAGCCGUUUUGCUGUUAGCAUUUUGUAAUGCGCUUCCUCCAUGUCAGGAUGACCCAUGGAAUCACAUCUUACCUAAUGAUUUGAUUCUGGAACGUAAUUUUAUCGAUGAAACAAUGGAAAAGCUCCUCUUGGAAGCGGUGAACUCUGAAGAUAGCGAAGAGACCAACGUACAGCUAAGUAAAACCCUCAAGCAUCGCAAAGUAAAACAUUUUGGUUACGAAUUCGUUUACGGAACAAAUAAUGUCGAUAAAACGAAACCUCUGGACCGUAAAAUACCAUCCGUGUGCAAUGAGCUGUGGCAUCGAUUGCAAAACUUACAUCCCGAACUACGUUGGCACUUUCCGGACCAGCUCACGGUGAAUCAAUACGAACCAGGACAGGGCAUUCCGCCUCAUGUAGACACACACAGUGCAUUCGACGAUCCGAUUCUAUCCCUUUCGCUUGGCAGCGACAUUGUGAUGGAAUUUAAACAACCCUCUUCCGGGAAACAGGUAUGUGUAGACUUACCUUCCCGAUCACUGCUAAUAAUGGCCGGAGAGAGCCGAUACGAUUGGACGCAUGGCAUAACGCCCCGCAAAAUGGACACGAUACCAUCGCCGAAUGGGGAUUUGACCGUGCGAAAGCGAAGGGUACGUGUUUCGUUAACGUUUAGAAAAUUGCUUCAGAACGAUCGUUGUGGCUGCCAAUUUCCUACACUUUGUGACACGGUGCAGCAAUCAGCCGGAAAACAGCCGAAUCUUCUCGAAUGCCACGCCGCACAGGUAGAAGCGCAGAACGUUCAUCGAGUUUACAAUGAGAUAGCGAAACAUUUUAGCGACACUCGACACUCACCAUGGCCAAAGGUAGAAGCUUUCGUGCGAUCGUUAUCGGACGGGGCAGUUUUGCUGGAUGUUGGAUGUGGAAAUGGAAAAUAUCUUGCUUCGAGCGAACGUGCUGUGAUGUUGGGUUGUGAUCGCAGCGAAGGUUUGCUGCAAGUUUGUGUAGAUCGCGGAUUUAAUGUACUGCAGUGUGACUGUCUCGCGGUGCCAUUCCGUGAUGAAUCGGUCGAUGCGUGUAUCAGCAUCGCGGUAAUUCACCAUCUAGCAACCGAUCAGCGAAGAAAGCAAGCAAUUUCGGAAAUGUUACGCGUGCUACGCCCCGGAGGUAAAGCGCUGAUUUACGUGUGGGCCAAAAACCAAGAAGCUAAUGCUAAAAAAUCCAGCUACUUACGGCAGAACAAACAGAAUAACAAACCUAUCGCUGAGGACGACCCCGCGAAUGAUGGUUCACUGAUAGUGCAAACAGAAAAGGUAAUCGCGGGAGUGAACGAUUGCACACUGCCAGUGCAUACAAACCGGACACAGUUUCAGCAUCAAGAUUUACUCGUACCGUGGAAACUGCGAACAAACGAUUCGAUGGAAAAGACUACGUUUUUACGAUAUUAUCAUGUAUUUGAAGAACACGAGCUGGAGAAACUAUGUCUAGCCAGUGGUGAAGCUCGCAUCCAACUAAUAGAAAGCUACUACGAUCAGGGCAACUGGUGCGUAGUGUUGCAAAAGAAGUGCCUCCAAAACCCUGUGUUAUGA